CCUCGAGACUGACGAACUCCUAUCUGCAUACUACCAAGUUUCGGUUGAACAAUUCGAACUAAUUCGAUUUCCCGAAACAAUUUAUUCGAAUUAUCGACAAGUUUUAUCACGCUUCCAUGAAAAUGGAAAGAAAUGCAAAUGAAAGAUCUUAUCUAAUGCGAGAUUAUUUCACAGAGAUACCGUAUGAUCAAACGUUUGUUUCCAACGUUCAUUUACUAGAUGAUAAUUUGAUGAUAAUUAAUAAGCAAAUGUAUAUAUCGAUGAAAAAUGUAUUUAUGUUCUCUGUUAAGUUAAAGAGAAUGGAUUUUUUGUAUUUCCUAUUAACAAUGUACAGUUAAUUUAUAAGUAUUAAUUCAUCUGUGUUGUCUGGGAUAAUUAAUCAUAAUUAAGAAGCAAAUGUAUUGAUGAAGAACGUAUUUAUAUUUUCUUUAAGUUAGAGAGAAUAGAGUUUUCAAUUCACUUUGUAUUUCCUAUUAACAUUGUACAGUUAAUUUAAGUAUGUAGGAAAAAAUAGCGAAGUUACAUUUUGUACCGCGAAAAAUAAAUGUCAAGGAUACGAAAUUGAGUAAAGUGAAGGUGAACAGGUAUGAAUUUUACCUUGUUCCUUGUUAAGAGAACAGACUCGUAGUUAUUUUAAAUCAGUUUCUCCAACGCGAGGAUCACGUAAACAUCGCGCGGUAUCGUUCACAUCCUCGAUAAUUUAAUCCUCGAUAAUUUAAUCAUGCGAAGAAUAAAUAGAAUAGUUAUAACAGUUUCUUCAUGAAUACAUAAAACAAAUUCUAUGAAAAAGAACUAUGUCUGUUACAUCUACUUCGAAACUUUUAACGGAGGCCGCGGGUGUCAAAAUUUAUAUGACGGGAGAUCGUAAUUCGAUCGAUUCAACGUCCACCGGGAAAAUUUGUGUAAUUUUUGAAAAUAUAAAAGAAGCUAAAGCGCUUGGCAGAUGUUGCGGAUUUCAUUUAACUAAAUCUAAAUGGGAUCCUUAUCCAUGGGUAAGCCAUGUUGAAGUCGAAAGUCUUGCCGAUACCGCCGGUCUUAAAGCUGGUGAUUGUUUAAUUAGUAUCGACGGGAAGGAUGUAAUUGGAUGGAAGAUUAAACGGAUAGCAGCACUUGUUGAAUCUCAUCAGGAAGUCGAUUUAAAAAUGUUUGUUUGGAGAUACGUCAAAGAAGAAGAGAAGGAAACAGAUGUGGGAAUAGCUGUCAAGGGACCGUUACCAGAAAUAGCCGGCAAACUUGCAAAUGCGGUAUCCGGUAUCGUACGAGCUUUGGAAUGUCCAGUUUGCCUAGAAAGUUCACUGCCCCCGGUCUCUCAAUGCGUUCACGGUCACAUCGUUUGUGUUGGAUGUAGACCAAGGACACCUCGUUGUCCGGUUUGUAGAGUUCGAUUAGGCCAAGGUAGAUGCUUGCUCGCGGAUAAACUUCAUAAAACACUUGUCGAUGUUUUCGACACGAGAGAUAAUUCAUCCGACGAUGUGAAAUGUCGUACACAAAAUCUCCGAGAUCGACUUUUUGGUAAAAGUAAUGAAAGGAAACAAGCAAUGAAGGUAGAAGGAACAAGCAGUGGGACGAAUCCAUGUCAAUUAUUAUUAACUAAGUUAUUUCGCAGCGGAUUAGAGAAAGCAGCUUCAGCGGAUAAUUUAGCAACGGUCUCUCUCCAAACAUCAAGCGUGAACACUUCGUCGUUAAGUAAUUUUAAUCGCAAUGAACGUUUGAAUUUGUAUGAUCGAGCAAAAUCUGCGAGUACCGGAGAAUUGUCAAAAGAAACGACCAGAGAUAAUAUCAAUAGUCAAUUGCAAAAUAAUGAAAGCGCUGUUAAGAGCUUAACUAGCACAUCUCCAACUCCAGUUUGGGGAGGUUCAACGGAUUCUGUCGCGUCUUCUAUUGAAAUUGUGUGCCCUUCUUCAAAGCAAAGCGGUUGUAGAGACAUCAUCGCGCCUGACGUAGUAUUAGAACAUUUGAGUGAAACUCACCAAAUGCCACAAGUUCAUUUUUAUUCUAUUUGCGUAAAGAUUCCAGUACCUUUCCCGCUGGGUUCGGAAGCUAUGUACAUACUGCAUCACGGCGAAGACCUCUUUUUCAUACAGUGCGAGGAAGAAACAGUUUGGAUCGGUGGCACAGGAAAAAUCCCAUGGGAAUGGAGUUUGCAUGGUCAAGGAGAGAAUGGAGCUGAAAUAAAGAUAAGGAGAAGUGUAGCGAGUCUCAUACAUCCUAUGGUAUUAACAUCACAACACAUCGCACCUUUACCAGAUGCUUUGUUAUUGCACACUCUGAACAUUCAGUUAAUAGAAUAUCGUUCAGAAGAGCAGCAUAGUUUGUAAAAUUAUAUAUAUAUAUAUAUACAUGUUAUGAAAAAAGUAGCAUAAUUUUUUAUUAUUACUGUAUUAGAUAUUAACAAGU